AUGAUAACAGAUUGUAAUCAGGUUUUGUGUAGGUUUCAUGGAAAGUUUCAAAUUGCUGAAUUUGGGAGAAAUUCGGGGCCCAGAAUCAAUUCAUUGUUUCUGCAUUUCAAAUUAAUGUACCAAACUUAUCACCCAGAAGGACCGAGUAUAGACACUAUCAAUGGGUCAAGAAUGUUGGGAGAGCAGUAUGAGAAGCAAUUAGGAUUCAAUUUACUGGCUUUUACAGAAAACACUAGCCGAAACCAACAGAAGCUUGUUUACCUCUCACACAAGAAGCUUGGAGCCAGAGAUGACUGUGAUAAUAGUGAUCUGGAGAUACCUCUCAUGAAUAAAACAAGCAAACUGGCAACUUUGGCUAGAUCAGAGUCUAAGAGAGAUGGAGGUUUUAAAAAUAAUUGGAGCUUUGAUCAUGGAGAAGAAAGUGAAGGAGAUACAGAUAAAGAUGGGACAAGUCUGCUCAGUGUAGAUGAAGAUGAGGAUUCUGAAACCUCAAAAGGAAAAAAGUUAAAUCGUCGCUCUGAAAUUCUUGCUGCUGGUUCUGGUGAAUUAAUCUUGAAGACAUAUGUAAGGAAAAACAAGAUUGAAAGCUUUAAAACUUUGAAAGGCAAUCCAGUUGGACUUAACAUGCUGAGCAACAAUAAGAAAUUGAGUGAAAAUACACAAAAUGCAUCAUUAUGUUCAGGAACUGUAGUUCAUGGUAGACGUUUUCAUCAUGCUAAUGCACAGAUAUCCGUUGUAAAAACAGCAGCCCAAAGCAAUCUGGACCGAAAAGAAAGGAAAGAAUACCCACCUCAUGUCCAAAAAUUUGAAAUUAAUCCUGUAAGGUUAAGUCGGCCCCAUGGUGUUGAUUGUAUAAUGAAGAAAUCAGAAGAGUCCGAAUCACAAUUGGAGCCUGAAAUUAAGAGGAAAGUACAACAGAAACGUCAUUGUAGCACUUACCAGUGUACGUCCCCUCUGUCUCCUGCUUCCAAAAAAUGUUUAACGCAUUUAGAGGAUUUGCAAAGAAAUUGCAGACAAGCUAUAACUUUGAAUGAGUCCACUGGAUCAUUAUUAAGGACGUCAAUUCAUCAGAAUUCUGGAGGACAGAAGUCACAAAACACAGGAUUAACAAUCAAGAAAUUUUAUGGCAAUAGUAUGGGAAAGGUUCCUAUUGAUAUUAUUGUGAAUUGUGAAGAUAGUAGACAAAAUUAUUUACCGAAUAAUGGGAAAGUCAUUUUACAUGGGGCAAAAAUAACCAAAAUUGCGAACUUGAAAGAAAGGAAAACAAGUCUAUCAGACCUCAAUGAUCCAAUCAUUUUGUCCAGUGAUGAUGAGGAUGACAUUGAAAGAACAAACAGAAGAGAAAGCAUAUCUCCUCAACCAGCUGAUUCAGCAUGUUCUUCUCCAGCACCAUCCACUGGAAAAGUAGAAGCAGCACUUAAUGAAAAUACUUGCAGAGUAGAACAUGAACUAAGAAGCAUUCCAGCAGAUUCAGAGUUAAACACAAUUACACUACCAAGAAAGGCAAGAAUGAAAGACCAGUUUGGUAAUUCUAUUAUAAACACACCUUUGAAGCGUCGUAAAGUGAUUUCUCAAGAAACUUUAGUUGAUCCUAUGUCCUUAAGCUGCCAAAGUUCUUUAGACAGUGUCAUUGUCGACUGUCGAAGUAUUCGAGUAGGAACACUCAGCCAGAUAUUAAAAGAACCUGUAAUUUUUUGUUUAGAUUUCAUCAAGAUACAGCUAAAAGAACCAGAAAGUGAUCCUGUAGCGAUUACUUUAAAUACCUCUGAUCUAACUAAAUGUGAAUGGUGUAACGUUCGAAAAUUACCAGUGGUGUUCCUACAGACAGUACCGGAAGUUUAUCAGAAGCUGAGCAUGCAACUGCAAAUGAAUAAAGAGGAUAAAGAAAUAAAUAAGUUAACAAAUCUGGAAGAACAAUAUAUUAUUUUAAUUUUUCAAACUGGCCUUGAUCUUCAGACAAAUAUAGUAUUUGAAAAUAUCAUUACUGAAAUUGGCAUAAAGAAUAAUAUUUCCAGUUUUUUUGCAAAAAUUCCCUUUGAAGAAGCCAAUAGUAGACUUGUUGCCUGUACAAGAACCUAUGAAGAAAGCAUCAAAGGAAGUUGUGUACAAAAAGAAAACAAAAUUAAAAAUGUGUCCUUUGAAUCUAAAAUACAACUUCGAAACAAACAUGAGUUCCAGUGUUUUGAUGAUGAGGAAGAAACUAUUGAGAGCCAUACCAUCUUCAUUGGUCCUGUAGAAAAAUUAAUAGUAUAUCCUCCACCCCCAGCUAAGGGAGGCAUUUCUGUUACUAAUGAGGACCUACAUUGUCUAAAUGAAGGGGAAUUUUUAAAUGAUGUUAUUAUAGACUUUUAUUUAAAAUAUUUGGUGCUUGAAAAACUGAAGAAAGAAGAAGCUGACCGAAUUCAUAUAUUCAGUUCCUUUUUCUAUAAACGUCUUAAUCAAAAAGAAAGGAGAAAUCUUCAUGAAACAACCAAUCUGUCAAUACAGCAAAAGCGACAUGGGAGAGUGAAAACCUGGACCCGACAUGUAGAUAUUUUUGAGAAGGAUUUUAUUUUUGUACCCCUAAAUGAAGCUGCACACUGGUUUUUGGCUGUUGUUUGUUUUCCUGGUUUGGAAAAACCAAAAUAUGAAUCUAAUCCUCAUUACCAUGAAAAUAUAGUCAUACAAAAACAUUCAACUCUAGAGGACAGUUGUAUCUCUUCUCAUUCAGCAAAUGAAAUGGACAGUUGUUCUUCACAAAACUCUUCUACCAAGCCAGUAAUUAAGAAGAUGCUAAAUAGAAAGAACUGCAUAACUGUUGUGGAUUCAAAUGUUGUACAGGAAGAAACUGAUCCUCAUUAUCGGAGAAACAUAAACAAUGUGAAAUGUAGUUUGAAAAAAAUAAAUCAUACUACAAAUGAAAAUGAAGAAUCAAAUAAAGGAGAAUUUGCUUGCCAGAAAGUUGUUGAUAGGACUAAAAGUGAGAAUGGUCUACAGAAUGAAUGUUUAAGUUCUAUACACCAUACAGAUGGCUUAAGCAAAAUCAGACUAAACUAUAGUGAUGAAUCAUCUGAAGGUGGUAAAGUUCAUGAAGAUGAGCUUAUUGACUUCUCAGAAGAUCAGGAUAACCAGGAUGAUAGCAGUGAUGAUGGAUUCCUUGCUGAUGAUAACUGCAGCUCAGAAAUAGGACAGUGGCAUUUAAAGCCUACAAUCUGUAAACAACCGUGUAUCCUGCUUAUGGACUCCCUCAGAGGCCCUUCUCGGACAAAUAUUAUGAAAAUUCUCAGAGAGUAUCUAGAGGUAGAAUGGGAAGUUAAAAAAGGAAGUAAAAGAAGUUUUUCCAAAGAUAUUAUGAAAGGCUCUAAUCCAAAAGUACCACAGCAAAACAACUUCAGUGAUUGUGGUGUGUAUGUAUUGCAGUAUGUAGAAAGCUUUUUUGAGAAUCCAGUUGUAAAUUUUGAACUACCUAUGAAUUUGGUAAACUGGUUUCCUCCCCCAAGAAUGAGAACAAAAAGAGAAGAAAUUCGAAACAUAAUUCUGAAGUUACAGGAAGAUCAGUGCAAAGUGAAAAAGAAGCAUAAGGAUACUUUCUCAAUAGGAACAUCUUUAGGUGAAAGAACAGAACAGUAUGUCAGCAGUGUCCCAGAUUGACCAUUUUGUUGCCUUCAAAAACUGAAUGACUUUCACCUUUGACUGUAGACCGUAAAGAAGUGUCCACUGCUCAGAGAGACUUUGAAAUGUUAAUGCUUGUAUAAAUGUCAUAUAAUUUUCAAUGGAGUAUGUAUUAAGUAAAUGUCUGUAAAUAUGUUAAUGAGGCCAAGUUUUUCAGCAUUAAUAAUUUGUUUUCCACUUGUUAGGAAGCUUUUGUUAUGUAUUUUCUGUUAAUAGUACUUAAAACUGCAUCUUCUAAACAUAAAAAUAAAAAGAAAAUAUUUAUAGGCGG